ACAGAAUGGUAUAUUAGCGCUUCUACAGAUAAUCAAAAUGUUCUUUGCUUUUGAUGCUGUAGGUCAAAGUGAUAUCAAAAAGUUAAAAAAGGAAAAUGAGCAAUUACGCCGCGAAAUAUGGACAUUACGUGAUGAAUAUGAUAAAUUAGAAAAACUAUUAGCAUCAAAAGUAAACUUGGACUGUGAUGAAGAUUCUCACGACUCGGAAAGUUGUCAUUCGCAUGAUAGUGACGGUUCAUGCCAGACUUGUGGGUCUUGUAACAAUACAGAAACAACAAAUGACACGUCGCAGCACAAUGGCGGGCAUCAAUCAGUAGGUUGCAAGGCGAAAAAAGAAAAACUUCACGUGGAAUUUGACCAUUUGUCGAUUGUGUCGGAGGAAUCGCAACGCAGUCCGAACGAAGAUUCGGCGAAUAGGUUAGCAGUGAAUGAACCGAAGGUGCAACCAAAAGCGCCCGAAAGUCCCUUUCCGUUGACGGAACUUCAAUCAUUAGUGCCGCCUUUAACGCAUUUCGAGAAUUUGCCGUAUGAGAGUAUUGGGGGGAAUGUUGAUGAGGAUGGAUUUAUAAUCCCAAAUACGAAAGUAUUAAACGAAGAGCCAUCAAAGUGGUCAAAUAGCAGUAACAAGCCAGACAUUUUGCUACAACAAUCAUCAUCAGCGUCAGCACAAGUGACGCCCUCAGAUCCGGUAUCGUCUUUCAGGAAUUUUCAGACAGGAGGAAAUCUCGACGAACUACUGCAAGACAUUGAAUUCUUAUCGAAAGACAUCGAAGAUCUACAGAACAAAAACAAGUCUGACACGAGUUUGAACAAUUGCAGCGGGAGUAAAAAGAAGCCCUUUCGCUCCGAAGUGAGUUUAGUGCUAGAUUUCCCGAAUAACAACAACAACAACAAUAGUUUAAGCACACAAAUCGAAACAAAGCCGAUAAUUCAUCCCGUGCCGCCGGACGAUUUGUGUCACAAACUUCCGUCGCCGCCAAUCCUCAAGGAAUCGCACAACAGAUCGUCGACCGGUUUCGAGCAUUCGCACACAAACGGCACUGCGACGCCAACCAGCAACAACAUGGAGGUCCGUUCACCCACGCAAAAUACCCACAUUUAUCACGAAAACGAACGCAAGCUCAGUUCGUCCGAAAGCACGCUCGCCAAGUCAUCGUCGAAAUCGGGCAAACGCGUUUCCCUGUCGCUCGGGGUCGGCAAGAAGACAAAUCGCUUCAAGAAACACGAUGCCAUCGAGAAAGCGUCGCAUGCGUCGCGUCGCAUGAGCUUGGAUCUGGAUUUGUCGCCGACGCAUGCCCCGCAUCCAAAUACGCAUCACAACGAUUCCCGACGUCAUUCCUGCGACUCGAACAAAUCGCAUCACAAAAAGCGCUCGCGGUCCGACAGCAUCAACAGCAGAGGCACUUACACGACGGAACCCUCGAGCCAGCGACGCAUUUCCGUAACGUCGUACCAAUCGUCGAAGAAAAUUCCGUGGUGCGGAUGCUGGGGACUUUGCUAA